UGUCACAUCCGGUCUGAACAGCCGGCAGGAUUGAAGGAAGAAUCUGGAGUAUCCCCCUACUUGUGUCGUUUAUCUUUAAACACUUUUGACUUGAUUUAUUCGUCCUUUCACACAAUGACUUUCGAUGUGCGGAGGUUCGAUAUCUACAGGAAAGUGCCCAAAGAUCUUACCCAGCCCACAUAUACCGGAGCUUUCAUUUCAAUAUGCUGCUGCGUCUUCAUGUUGUUCCUCUUUCUCUCAGAACUGACGGGAUUCAUCGCUACAGAAAUAGUAAAUGAACUGUAUGUGGAUGACCCCGAUAAGGACAGUGGGGGGAAGAUAGAUGUGAGUUUAAACAUCAGUUUGCCAAACUUACACUGUGAUUUGGUGGGUUUGGACAUCCAGGAUGAGAUGGGGCGGCAUGAAGUGGGCCACAUAGAGAAUUCAAUGAAAGUGCCUCUAAACAAUGGUCACGGGUGCCGCUUUGAAGGGGAGUUCAGUAUUAAUAAAGUUCCAGGAAACUUUCAUGUGUCAACACAUAGUGCGACUGCUCAGCCUCAGAGCCCUGAUAUGACCCACAUCAUUCACAAACUCGCCUUUGGGGAGAAGCUUCAGGUGCAGCAUGUCCGGGGGGCUUUUAAUGCAUUAGGUGGAGCCAACAGACUUCAGUCCAAUGCUUUAGCAUCUCACGAUUACAUUCUCAAGAUCGUCCCUACAGUUUAUGAGGACCUGGGAGGGAAGCAGAGAUUUUCCUACCAGUACACCGUGGCAAACAAGGAGUAUGUGGCAUAUAGCCAUACGGGACGCAUCAUCCCGGCAAUAUGGUUUCGCUAUGACCUGAGUCCAAUCACAGUGAAAUACACAGAGAGGAGACAGCCGUUCUACCGCUUCAUCACUACUAUUUGCGCUAUCAUCGGUGGGACGUUCACAGUGGCCGGCAUCAUUGACUCCUGCAUAUUCACGGCCUCUGAAGCCUGGAAGAAAAUCCAGAUUGGGAAAAUGUCAUGAGUACUCAUAUCUACGUACCAUGCCGUUUAUUUAUGCCAGCCAAACCUCUGCACACCCAUCAUUACACCCUUUUAUUACGAGCCACACUAACUGGAAAAGAUUGUCAUGCCAGUUCAAUUCUCUGUGUGCUGGAUUUCAUCUCUAAACAUUUAAUACAAUGAAUUACAGGGAUUUCAUUUGGGGCAUGUAGGUGGUUUCCUUACUUCACUGCCAUAUUAAUUCACCCACAACUUUCAUAGAACUGAUGUGGAAAGAACCUGUCUCGCUCAUUGGAAGGACGCCAGGGUUUCCUCGUUCAAAUACACAUGACUGAGAUGUGUAAGUGUAUAGUGUUACAUACAAGGCAUAGUGUCACUUUGAUCGGUUAUAGUGAAAGAGUUUAAAUAGAAUUCCCCUUAAAGAGAAAUAAUCACUGAGUUGAUUCGAUAUGUACCUUCAUAGGAACUGGGCUUUUUUUUUUACCAAGUCCUGCUUGAUAUGAUAGGGGUAAGCUCAUGAAACCUGUCAAAGAGCAUGUCUUGUUUGAUUUUUGGGGUCAUAUUGCACCUCAAAAUGAAAUGGACAAAAAUGAUGUUGUAAAAACAUUUUUGCAUCGUGAUUUAUUUGCAUGACAGUUGAACCCAUUUCUCCCGAUUCUCAUUACAUUAUACAAAUAAUUAUGUAUUAUUUAUAGUGAGUUUGCACA